UGAUGAAUUACCUAACCUUACAAUUUUUACUUUAUUUUUACUUGAAUUUCAAAUCUUGAAUUCAGAAAUUUUGAUUGAAUAAGAAAAUAUUAUACAGCAUUAAGUUAUGCCCUUAGAUAAAAAUAGACAUGAAACGUGGUUUAAAAGGAAUAUGAUGUUCAUUGUCACUAUACCGUUAGUAAUAGGAAUUCAUUGGGGCUGGUUGAAGUUGCAGCAAGAUCCUACAUUGGUUGACCCUAAAUAUAGAAGGAAUUUACCUUAUUACGAUAUGUACCAGAUUGCCAAAAAAUAUUUCACAGGAGAAAGCGCUGAACCACUUCCUGAAAAGCGUGAAGACAAAGAAAUCUUUAAAGAUUAAUUUUAUAAGUUCAGGCCUUAGGGUUCUCUUCCUUUGUUAAGCUUUUAGUUGAAAUGUAUAUAUUGAAUCUUUUUAAGUUUAGUAAAAACAAAAUAUAAACAUAAAACAAGUG